UCCAUGAGGGGAGAGGCACCAGGGCCCCAUUCCUCCCUCCUCCUCCUCCUCCUCUCUCCUCCCCCCUUCUCCCCAGCUAUUCACCAUUUUACACUCCUCUCUUCCCAGCCUGGAACAUCGCUGCUGGAUCCUGGGUGACCCAUUAAUAAAGAAGAAAGAAAGAAAGAAAGAGAGAGAGAAAGAAAGAGAGAGGGAGGGAGGGAGAGGGGCGACCAUCCCUCUCCUGCAAAAAGUCGCAGGGUGUUCGGAGCAGGAGCGACCAAGAUCUGGGCGCGACUGAAGACUGGGCGAUCUAGAUCUGUGCAAGGAGCAGAGAAGAUCGGAGCAGAGGACACACAACCGGUUAUAAAUAGAAGCCCAGGGCCACAGAACCCUCCCAGGAUCCACUCUCCAUACUGUGAGUUCCAGGAGGAGGGAGACACUUGGAAAACAAGGAGAAGGAGGAGGAGAAGGAGUUGGGUGAAGGACAGGAGAGACUUCUACAAGAGAAACUGGAAGGGAGAAGAAAACAGAUCGAUACCUAGAAGAACCAUUUCCAUCUACUAACAUCUCAAGACAGGGAGAUGGAUGAACAAGGAAGACUUCUCCAGACCAGGGGGGUGGGCAUUCCAGGGCACCCUCUCCAUGGGGGACCCCAAACCCUGACCCCCCACCCCAUGCAUGACCCCCCAGCAGACAAUGGGGAGCCCAGGAAGCAGGACAUUGGCGAUAUAUUGCAACAGAUCAUGACAAUCACUGACCAGAGCCUGGAUGAGGCCCAAGCAAAAAAACACGCCUUAAACUGCCACCGGAUGAAGCCGGCCCUGUUCAGUGUCCUGUGUGAGAUCAAGGAGAAAACAGGUCUUAGCAUCCGAAACAAUCAGGAAGAAGAGCCUGUUGACCCUCAGUUGAUGCGCUUGGACAAUAUGUUGCUGGCCGAAGGUGUAGCAGGACCGGAAAAGGGCGGAGGGUCAGCGGCGGCGGCUGCAGCAGCUGCGGCAUCUGGUGGAGUUUCUCCAGAUAACUCUAUAGAACACUCGGAUUACAGGAACAAACUCUCCCAAAUCAGGCAAAUUUACCAUGCGGAGUUGGAGAAGUACGAGCAGGCAUGUAAUGAGUUCACCACACACGUCAUGAACCUUUUAAGAGAACAGAGUCGAACCCGACCAAUUUCCCCAAAAGAGAUUGAGAGGAUGGUUGGGAUUAUCCACAGAAAGUUUAGCUCGAUCCAAAUGCAGCUCAAGCAGUCCACGUGUGAAGCAGUCAUGAUCCUCCGCUCUCGGUUCUUAGAUGCAAGACGAAAAAGGAGGAAUUUCAGUAAACAGGCAACAGAGGUCCUCAACGAAUACUUCUACUCGCACCUCAGUAACCCCUAUCCUAGUGAAGAGGCUAAAGAGGAACUAGCAAAGAAGUGCGGUAUCACUGUAUCACAGGUGUCCAAUUGGUUUGGAAAUAAAAGAAUCAGGUACAAGAAAAACAUUGGGAAGUUCCAAGAGGAGGCCAACAUCUACGCUGUAAAGACCGCAGUGACUGUAACGCAGGGAGGCCACAGUGGAGCCAAUUCUCCAACAACACCAACAUCUGCCGGUUCUGGUGGCUCAUUCAACUUGUCUGGAUCUAAUGACAUGUUCAUGGCGAUGCAGGGCUUAAACGGGGAUUCUUACCCCCCCUCACAGGUGGAGUCCUUGCGUCACACGAUGGGUCCUGGUUACAGUGACAGUUUAGCGGCAAAUCAAAUGUACAGCCCUCGAGAGAUUCGGGCCAAUGGAGGGUGGCAAGAGGCAGUCACCCCCUCCUCUGUCACUUCCCCAACAGAAGGACCAGGCAGUGUACACUCCGACACCUCUAACUGAGCACUCUCCUCCUCUCUAUGCUUCUCCCCUAUCACCCCUUCAACAAACGAAGGUCUGACCAUGAACUGAACUCUGUAACUUGGGUCUAAGCGGGACAGAGAGUGUGGGACCUCUCUAACAGUCCCCUCCUACUUUCACUAAGCUUCCUCUCACCACUUUGUUGAAAUGGGCAUCGAUUCCACAGACGUGAUCCAGUAAAGAGCUGGCUGGCCAACCCCAUGAGGACAUAAUGUUGGAAAUCGAGUGCUAAAGCAGGAAAUAUACUCUUCAUGAAAAGGUACUACGGUCUUGGAAUAUACCGGAAAAGGUGUUGGCUCAUCCCUUUGACUGUUUUAAUAUCAAUGAGGAUAGUCAAGAAGACUAAGAACCAUCACACUUAUCCAAAAAUGAAGUGGACAUUGAAAUGUUAUCCUGCUUAGAAGGUAUCCACCACUUUACACUGUUUGGUGGAACAAUAUGAAUGUAUUAUAUAACUAUAUCUUCAUGGGCUGGAAGAAAAAAAUAAAUAAAUAAAAAAUUUGGUAGGUGGUGGGGACAUCCAGCCCGUGUAAAGAGGAGGUGGAAGAGGGUAGUGGCUAGUAAUGGACAUCAAAGAAAAAGGAAAAAUGGAUUAUAAGGGGAAAAACACAGGUUACAAAACGUGGCAAACCUAAGAGACAAAGGCGAGGGAAGGAGAUGGUGCGGAGAAGCAAAACGAGGAGGAGCAAGACGAAUACAGGCAUCACAAAUAAUACAAAAAAAACAGAAAAUACUAAAGAGCUACAAAGAGGAGGGAAAGCAAAAAGUAAACAAGACUAUGAUUCUCCUCACUCCUUCCCUCCAGAAUCUACCCAGAAUCCUUUGAGGCUCAGCCAAUCAAAGAACAGCGUUAUUACCUCAUAGCGGCUCACAUAACCAAUAGAGAAGACUUUUUUCUUUUCUUUUUUUUUUCUGAGUUUUCUUUUUGUUCACGCGUUCGCAAGUUUGACUACCUCCAAAGGGAAAAAAAUAAAAUUAUAUAUAUCUCUCACGUCUGCACGGGGGGAGGGGGUUGGCAGUGAGGUGUGCGAGAAUCUUGUCUCCCUCUUAUCCCCUUCACUCUUUUUUUUUUUUUUUCUAUUCUUUGGGGUGCUGGGUUAUGAAAAUGGAUGGUUUUAGAAUUUUUUUUCAGGGGGAGGGAUGUCUUAUAUUUUCAUAUUGCUUUUGGAGAAAAUGUUACAGAACUGGAGAGGGGGUGGGGUAUAUGUGUGUUGGUGUACAUAUAUAUAUAUUAUACUACAUUCAUGGGUAUGAAUAGAUGUGUGAAUAAAUGCUCUGGAAUGAAUGCGCACUUGUAUAAAUACUGGCAGGCUGACUACUGCUACUUGACCUGAUAAAGUUUAGAAUGCUGGAGAACAUUUAUGGAAACUAUUGCGUUGGACAGACGUGCUGUGACCUGUGAAAUGAUGGCACUUUUUUUGGGCACCACUUUUCAUAACGCCCCUUUGGUGGCUCACAGAUACCUUGUUAAUUCAGACAUCAGCAUAUUAUCCUUCUCAGGGAGAUAUACAGUAUUUUGUUACUGGCCACAGACAUCAGAGAGCGAUCUUUUACCAUUAACAUGUCAUGGUAAACGGGCAUGUUAAAAGUAUGUUGUGCGGUAGACCGCAUCAAGAUACCCCGGGAGGGGGAAAUUGCAUUGGACAAAUUAAAAUCCCCUCCUGACACUAGAAUCCCAUGAAAAUGAAUGGUCUUCACCAAGUAGCUCAUGUCUGUGGAGAUGUGACUAUGGGCAGAUACAGUGAUUAGUCUAAUGUAGCUAUAACUCGUACACCUGUAGACACCAAUGCCCUAAACAGGCAAGUAUAUCACAUUUUCCAAUAAUGUUUAGGUUUGGUGCAGAUUGUCGUUCUUAAACAUCUGCUGGUCCAUACAGAUGGCAUUCCACAUAUUUUCUUCUUGUUACUCAAGAUCCAUUUAACUUGAUGUCGGAAUAUUGAAUUGUAGUUGUUGAACACACUUCUCACAUGGGGCCAACUGUGGGAUAAGAAUCACACUUUUUUGUAACAGUGCCUCAUAACCUAUACGAUUCUUUUUUCUUUAUAAUUUCCAUUAAAGAACCUGAGAACAAAGAGAAUGGAUAUAGCCAUUGAAGAAGUAUAGACAGAACUUGACCUCAAGUGGACAAUAUGCAGUUGGGUUGAACCAAGAUGGCCAUGGGUCCAAAUAGUGCGUGUGGACAUUUCGGUGACCAUACAUGGUCUAGAGGAAAUUUGGUCAUCAAUUUUCCAAGGGCCAAGUAAUACGUUUUCCCAGAGUGCCUGAAGGACACCGUUUCCAUCACCAUUCAGUGGCUUCCAUUCUCUCACAG